AUGUCGACGACAAAGUCGACACCCAAAGCACAAGCCGACCGGCUUACGCUAAUAGAGGAGGAAAUGCUGUUCCUCAAAGAAGUCCCUGACACCCUCCGCUUCCUGGAAGCACGGGUGACCGAAUUGAGUGAGAAAGUCGUAGGAAUCGACGCAAUGGGCAACCGCUUGGAUGGGUUGCCAAUCGCAGAAUUGAUGUUUCGAGUGACCUCGCUCGAAGAAAGAGUUGCUCCUACGAGCAGCCCAAAACCAUCUGGUAGUCCGGAUAGCUCUGUCGCGCACAAGGAGGGACGUGGCGAAGAGUUCGACGUGCUACAAAAUACAAUGAUGAGCUUGUUCAAUGGACUAGCUGAUGAGUUCAGAACAACAAUCGAUGACAUCCAAGAAAGAAUGGCCUCCAUGGGCACUCGAAUUGAAGUGACCAUGAAAGCCGUGGAGAACGUCACGGCUGGACAAACAAAUACAGGGUCCAACAAACUAAGAUUCCCAGAACCUAGAGCCUUUAAAGGGAAUCAGGACGCCAAAGAGUUAGAAAACUUCAUCUUUGAUGUCGAACAGUACUUCAAAGCCACAACGACUUGUGCUGACGACAAGAAGGUGACCGUAGCUUCGAUGUAUCUCACAGACGACGCCAAACUGUGGUGGCGUACGAAGGUGCAAGACAUCGAGGAUGGAUUGUGCACCAUUGACUCGUGGGAGGACCUUAAGAAAGAGUUGAGGGACCAGUUCCUCCCCGAAAACGCAGAACAUUUAGCAAUGGAAAAGCUAGUAGCCCUGAAACACACUGGAAGCAUAAGAGACUAUGUCAGACAGUUCUCAACCCUGAUGCUCGAUAUCAGGGGCACAUCAGAGAAGGACAAGGUGUUCUUCUUUAUAAAUGGGUUGCAACCGUGGGCCAAAACAAAGCUACACGAGAACAAGGUCCAAACCCUAGCCGCCGCAAUGGCCUGUGCCGAGAGACUCCUAGACUAUGGGAACGAAGCGGGAUCCCAAAGGAGAAUAACACCAGCCCCAAACACUGGUGGCAAGCCAUACAAACCACCAAGUCAUCGAAAUGGAAGCCCCAACAGGCCGAACGGAGGUAACGACAGACCAAGCGGAUGGACGGAUAGACCUCCACAGAAUAACCAAGCAGGGACAUCUCGAGGACCUUACCAUCAAAGGAACCACCCGACGACGCCGUUACAAUGCAUGCUCUGUAAAGGUCCCCACAAGGUAUCUUACUGUCCUCAUCGGGCCUCUCUCACUGCGCUCCAAGUGUCCAUUCAAGAGAGCAAUGACGCAAAGGUUGAGACUAUGCUUGACAAGAAGGAAGAUCAGGACAAUCCCCGAAUGGGCGCACUUAAAUUCUUGUCAGCUCUCCAACGGAAGGUCGAACCGAAGGAGAUAGUAGAGAAAGGACUCAUAGUCCCCUUUAAAAUAGGGGAUUGGACAGGAGAGCUAGAUCUUGUCGUAGCUCGCAUGGACGACUUUGACGUGGUACUUGGGAUGGAGUUCCUCCUAGAACACAAAGUUAUCCCAAUGCCGCUGGCAAAGUGCUUAGUGAUCACUGACCGCAACCCCACAGUAAUACCUGCAAGCAUCAAGCAACCAGUAACAACCACCGAAGAAACUGUCCCAAAUGAAAUCAAUGAGGUACUAAACGACUAUGCUGACAUAAUGCCAGAGAGCUUACCCCAAACAUUACCACCUCGUCGAGGCAUUGAUCACGAAAUCGAACUCAUCCCCGGAGUUAAACCGCCAGCGAAGAACGCAUACCGGAUGGCUCCGCCCGAGCUAGCCGAAUUAAGGAAACAACUGGAUGAGUUGCUGAAGGCGGGAUUCAUCCGCCCGGCAAAGGCACCCUAUGGAGCCCCCGUACUGUUCCAGAAGAAGAAGGAUGGGACGUUGCGUCUGUGUAUAGAUUAUAGAGCCUUAAACAAGGUGACGGUACGCAACAAAUAUCCACUACCGAUAAUAUCCGACUUGUUCGACCAACUUCACGGGGCCAAGUACUUCACGAAGUUGGACUUACGAUCAGGGUAUUACCAAGUACGUAUUGCCGAAGGGGACGAGCCCAAGACGACGUGCGUAACAAGAUAUGGGGCCUUCGAAUUCCUAGUAAUGCCCUUUGGCUUGACAAACGCUCCAGCUACUUUCUGCACGUUGAUGAACCAAGUUUUCUACGAAUACUUGGAUCAGUUUGUCAUAGUAUACCUCGACGACAUAGUGGUUUACAGCACAACCCUAGAGGAACACAAAGUGCACUUGAAGCUGGUGUUCGACAAACUGCGACAAAACCAACUAUGUGGACAGAUUAGUAUGGAUAGCGAUAAGAUAAAAGCUAUCCAAGAAUGGAAGGUUCCUACUUCCGUAUCCGAUUUGCGGUCCUUCUUAGGAUUAGCCAACUACUAUAGGCGGUUCGUCGAAGGGUUUUCACGACGAGCCGCCCCAUUGACAGAGCUGUUGAAGAAAGACCACACUUGGUCGUGGUCAGAUGAUUGUCAAAUGGCCUUUGAAGAUCUGAAAACAACCAUGACGAGGGGUCCUGUCCUCGGAUUGGUAGAUGUUACAAAGCCAUUUGAAAUAGAAACAGACGCUUCCGACUUUGCCCUAGGUGGGGUCCUUAUUCAAGAAGGCCACCCCAUCGCUUUCGAAAGUCGAAAACUCAAUGACGCCGAACGUAGAUACACUGUCUCCGAAAAAGAAAUGCUGGCAGUAGUCCAUUGCCUUCGAGUCUGGAGACAAUAUCUCUUGGGAUCACAGUUUGUAGUGAAGACGGAUAACAGCGCCAUUUGCCACUUCUUUGAUCAACCAAAAUUGACGGCAAAACAAGCCCGGUGGCAGGAUUCGUUGGCUGAAUUCGACUUCAAGUUCGAACACAAAGCAGGGAAGAGUAAUCAAGCAGCCGAUGCACUGAGUCGGAAGGGCGAACAUGCGGCCCUGUGCAUGUUAGCCCAUAUUCACUCAAGUAAGAUCGAUGGAUCGAUGCGCGACAUCAUCAAGGAACAUUUACAUAAAGACCCAUCAGCCAAAGCCGUCGUCGAACUAGCUAAAGCUGGGAAAACACGACAGUUUUGGGUUGAGGGAGACCUUCUGAUGACAAAAGGAAACAG